CCAGAGUUCUCCACUACUACUCAGCAUUUUUCAGAGUAGAACCUUCACUCUGCUAUCCCCCAUAUUCCUGUGUUUCCUUUGAAAAAAAAAGAAGAAGAAAAAACAUGUCUAGGUUUUUUGGAUUCUUCUUUGUGGGUCUUACGUUGUUGUUGGUCGGUGUGGCAAAUGCUAUGGCUAACUCUUCCAACAAAUUUGAUCAACUCUUCCAACCAAGUUGGGCUUUUGACCACUUUAUUCAUGAAAGGGAUCUUCUCAAACUCAAACUUGACAAAUUUUCCGGGGCUGGUUUUACUUCCAAGAGCAAGUAUAUGUUUGGGAAAGUUACCAUCCAGCUUAAGCUCGUGGAAGGUGACUCUGCUGGAACAGUCACUGCUUUCUAUAUGUCAUCGGACGGUCCAAGCCACAACGAGUUUGAUUUUGAGUUUCUAGGCAACAUCACAGGGGAACCUUACUCGGUCCAAACCAACGUGUAUGUGAACGGUGUGGGCAACAGGGAGCAAAGGCUCAACCUUUGGUUCGACCCCACCAAGGAUUUUCACUCAUACUCUAUCUUCUGGAAUCAACGUCAAGUUGUAUUUUUGGUGGAUGAGACACCAAUAAGGGUGCACACAAACAUGGAGCACAAGGGAAUUCCAUUUCCUAAGGAUCAACCCAUGGGUGUGUAUAGUUCAAUUUGGAAUGCUGAUGAUUGGGCCACGCAGGGUGGUCGCGUAAAAACAGAUUGGAGCCACGCACCCUUCAUUGCCACAUACAAGAACUUUGAGAUCAAUGCUUGUGAGUGUCCCGUGUCAGUGGCUGCAAUGGAUAAUGCUAAGAAGUGCACUAGCAGUGAGGGCAAGAAGUAUUGGUGGGAUGAGCCUAAUUUGGCUGAACUCAACUUGCACCAGAGCCACCAGCUUAUGUGGGUUAGGGCAAGACACAUUUUCUAUGACUAUUGCACUGACACUGCUAGGUUCCCGGUCUCGCCUGCUGAGUGUGUCCAUCACCGUCACAACUGAGCAAAAAAUAAUUUAUUAAAAUUAGUCUUUCAUAUUUUGUUCUAAUUUUAAGGGAAGUUAUGAAGAUAGGAUUGGGGAAUAAGAAAAGAAAAUGGUGGGUGGAGAACAAAGUUGUGGAACAUGUCCUCCAUGUUUCUGCUUGUAAUAUAUUGCCACAGUAUAACUAAUGUGAAUUAUUGGUUUUUCUUCUUGUAUA